AUGGACGGCAACAGCGGCGGCAGCGGCGGCCACGCGCGGCGGCCUCUUGCGGCCGGCGGCGGUGGCGGCCUCUUACGAGCCGCAACGUCGACGACCAAGGGCACGGCCAUCGGCGUCGGUGUCAGCGGCGCAUCCGUGACAGCGACGGCAAGGGCUAGCAUCGCAUCCACGGCAGCAGCGGCCAUGAAGGGCACAUCCGCGGUGGCGGCCAGGGAGGCGCAUCCGCGGCGACAGCGGCAGCGAUGCCCAGUCCCCAGCCACCUGUCUAUCGUUGUCCCUCGUCAGCGUCGCCUCGGCUCCUCGCUCGUCAAUCAUCAGUCGUCAGCCGGGUGGUGCGGGGGCCCACUCACCCGCGGGUCCCCUGCGGGGGCGGGGACGGGUGAUGGUAUUCACCCGACCAUCUCUGCGGGGCCGGGGCCGGGGGAGAAGUCUGGGAGCGGUGGCGGGGGCGUUCUGGCCCAACCCGCCCCGUUGCCAACCCUACUCUCCUAUUUCCUCAGCGCGCCAUGGGCCAACAAGGCGGCCGCGAGAUGCUCGUCCUCAUCCUCUUUCUCCUUUAUCUAUCCCUGGCAAGUCCAGCCGCCCAUCGCACUCCCGGACGGCGCGAGCCGGUCCGCCGCGGCAUCGCCCCCGGUGUGUGCCGCCUCCUCCGUGGCCCCAGGUGGCGGCAGCGAUGGGCUCGUCGUGGCGACGAUGAGGUUUCUGACGGCAGCGAUGGUGAGCUUGUCGUGGCGGCGAUAA